CUUCAUAUUACUCGCAUUUUCUUAUUCCACUGUGAAUUCAUUAGUCCCGAAACCGACUAAAUACACGAAGGAUGGAAAUACCUGUCGCCUGAAAGAAGAUUUAGAAAUUGAUCAAAGUUAUGAAUAUUGUUUUAUACUUAACGAUGCGGUGAAAAAUUUCAGCGAACGUCUUAAGGUGAAAACAUCACCACACCUGCAUAAUAAAGAAACUUCCUGCAGUAUUAACAAACUGACGAUUUCCAUCACUGAUGGAU